AUGCUUCAGCGCUUUUGCCCGCCUGCCGAUAUGGCAGCGUGUCGUGCAGGUAUUUGUGAUCGUCUUAGCUCGAUUACCCAUCUCGUUGCUAUUAUCGAUAGCAUAACCGGUGAAGAUAAUUUGCGAUCGACAAUAUUCGACGCGCCAUCGUAA